AUGAGGUCCGCACCCAUCAUCCUUGCCACCGCCGCCGCCCUGGCUUCCGCACAAGACACCACCGGCUUCUACUCCAUUCUGCCUAUUUCAGUCACCGACAUCCCAUCCAGCGCCCUGAGCAGGAUCUCGGACAUCCUGAGCUCGGCCACUGCGUCGGCCACGGUGACAUCAGGCUCAGCGUCCGGUACCACCACAGAUCUUAUCAGCUCCAUCACCGUCCCGACCACUCUCUCCUCCGUCACCUCCUCCGGCCUCCUUGGAAGCACCACUUCCGCCGGAACAUCCGCUUCGGACUCUGCAAGCGAGACAUCCGCAUCGCAAACCUCCGGCAGCACCCAGAGCAGCACGGAGAGCUCACAGCCCUCGACUACGAGCGGCGAUGGGGGCAGCGGUGCCACCAAGCCGCUCAUCGGCGCUGGUUUGGCUGUCGCCGCCGCUAUGCUUGCCUUGUAA